UAGGCCUCCUCUGUCUCGAGCUGAUACAUGUAUUUCUAAGCAUUAUAAUAAUUAUCCAGUUGCUGAUGGCAAUAUUGCUGCUAUUGAUUUUGGUACUACAUCAGUUUCAGUUGCCUUUUUUAAUACAAAAGGAGACGAAAUUAUUAAGAUGCUUGGCCUUGACUUUGAACACUUCUUCAAACGUGUUCCCAAUGCUAUCCUUUUUGAGGAAAGAACAUGAUGGCAAAAUGAAAGUGAAGGCUUUUGGAUUUCAAGCUAGUCUUCCCCUGAGAUUAAUUGAUAGAUCUAUAUACCGGGGGUACUCAUGUUUAUUUUGAAAGAAUUAAUAUGUUAAUGAGAAGAGGAAAGGUAAUUGAUAGAGAUACAGUAGUUGAGUCAUUUUUUGGUGAGAAGUUCUAUCUGAUUGAAUUCAUUGCAUUCAUACUUCAGCACCUGAAGAAUUUAUUGAUGGAUCAUUUCUCUCGUACUACCUGGCCAUUGAAGACAACAGAUUUUGAUUGGGUCAUUACUGUACCUGCUAUAUGGGAUGCACCUGGAAAAAGAAUGAUGAGAGAAGCUGCUUAUCUGGCUGCUCUUGAGGUUGGUGUCAAAAGCAGAAGUGGUAUCGAUUAUGAAGAUAACAUGCUAUGCAUUUCUAAGGGACUAGUAGAAUCCAAGCUGUUUGGCCCAGCACUAAAAGUUGUUACAGGAGCGGUAAGGUGGCGUAUGAAUCCAGGGAAGAUUAAAGCAAGACGAUCUGACACUACGUAUGGGAUAAAGGAAUAGCUCAAAUUUCAAUGGCAGUAAGCAUGAUGAGUAUUACAAGUUUUAUAAUGAAGAAGAAAAAGAAUACAGGUGCAAUAAUAUAUUUUGUGUGUUUUAGAGCUGAUGCAAGCUGAUCAAAUCAUUUCAAUGACUUUGAUACCACUUCAUCAAUCAGAUGAACAAAUUACCAUUGGUAUUUAUUCCACACCUAAUCUUGGAGUUUGAUACAUCAAAGGUAAAGAUGGCAAAAGCACAGUUACAAAAAUAGGUCAAUUACAUAUCAAUGUUCCUAAUCCUGAUAAUGUAUUAAGGGAAAAGCGUCUAGUUGAUGUCAGUAUGAAUUUUAGUGGUACAGAGAUUCAAGCUAAAGCAACCUAUUGUAUUACUGGAAAAGAAUUCAGAGAUAUAGGUGACUUUCUUUCUGCUUAGACUUAGACCAUUAAUUUUUUUAAUUUACUUUUUAUAACUGGUGUGCAUGUAGAUCUAGUUCUAAUUAUAUUUUUACCUUCACACCCAUGUCCAUUUAAAUUUAAAUUAUGAUUAACAUUUCACGGGCCUUAUUAACCUAUAAUUGCAAAAUUGGGAGUUUAUACUCUCCCAAAGCCCUCCUCUUUCAGCGACCCUGCAAAUGUAGCUACAUGUAGCAAUACCCAGUCAGACUUACUAUUUAAUUCUAUUUUGGCAGCUACUUUUGUGGCUUGUGAUUAGUUCCAAGAAAUUAAUAUUCAUAGUGAGAUACCCAGGAAUUGUUAUGAUAGUAUGGGUAGCCGGGCUAUAUAAGCACAUUACAAUAAUUUACUAGAGCUACAUUACAGCUCAUAAGAGAAUGGCAUUGGCAGCAUCUGGAGGUUAUUUUGCAUUUGGAAUCAGAAGAAUUGAAAUUUUUCAAAUUGGACUGCGAAAGCCAAAUUAUAAACCUCCUCUGAGCAGAGCUAAGAAGAUUCCUCGCACAGAUACUGGCUAUCGUGUGACUGAUGGUAAUAUUGCUGCUAUUGAUUUUGGAACUACAUCAGUGUCACUGGCUUAUACUACCAAAGGAGAUGAUGAAAUCACCAAUCUUAGGCUCGAUGAAGAAGACCAAGCUUAUCGUGUUCCUAAUGCUGUUCUACUGAAGAAAGAAGGAAGAACGAUAACUGUGCAAGCUUUUGGCAAUGAUGCCAGAACACAAUUCACUCAAAUGAGAAAAAGUGGCGAAUACAUUUACUUUGAGAGGAUUAAGAUGUUGAUGAAAAGAGAAGAGAAUGUUGACAGAAAUAUGCUAGUUGAGUCAUUUUCUGGUGAGAAGUUCUAUCUGGUUGAAGUCAUUGCAUUCAUACUGAAGUAUCUGAAGAAUGAGCUGAUGAAAAAAUUUUCAGAGACUGCCAGGCCAUUGAAGACAACAGAUUUUGAUUGGGUCAUUACUGUACCUGCUAUAUGGAAUGCACGAGGAAAAAGAAUGAUGAGAGAAGCAGCUUAUCUUGCUGGUUUAAUGACAGGAUAUGAUGGUAUUAGCAGUUUCACGUCUGCUGCUCUUUCUGUUCCAAGAGAAAUUAAUCCCGACAGGCUGUCAUUAGCACUAGAGCCGGAAGCAGCUGCUCUUUAUAGCCAGGAAAAAGUAGGAGACCAGAUUGAUGUUGAUCCAGCCACAGCAGUUAUCAAGCGUCCAUCAGAUUACAUGGUAAUAGAUGCUGGAGGUGGUACUAUAGAUAUCACAGCUCAAAUUGAAGUUGAUGGUAAUAUUAUAGUUGAGAAUAUACCAACCGGCAAUGCAUGGGGAGGUACCAAGAUUAAUGAAGCUUUUUCUCAACUUUUACAACAUAUAGUGGGUGAUUCUGAGUUUAAAUCGUUCCUCAAACCAGAGCAAAAGUCUCAAUGUAAGGCUACAUUGAAUAAAAUCCUAUAUGUUGAUUUUGAAAAGCAGAAAGUUCUUCUUGGCAAUCAAAAAUCAACCGAAGUUGCAGUUGCUUUGCCAGCAAUGUUUGUGAGGCACUACAAAGAAGCACUAACAAAAGUGGCAAAGAAGGAAAAUGGAGUCGAAUAUGAUGAGUAUACAAAUGAUACGCUAUACAUAGAAAAAGAAGUAGCUGAAUCUCGUUUCUUUGGUCCAGCAAUCAAAGGUAUUAUUGAUUGCACACUCAAAGCUAUUGAAGAAAAUGGAUAUAAAGUUCGUACCUUCUAUUUGGUUGGUGGAUUUGGGGGCUGCAAGUAUGUACACAAAAAGGUAAAAGCUGCUAUAGAAAAGGCUUAUAGUUCAAAAGGUUGUUCCUGCGAUGUGAUAGUGCCUCUUUCUCCUCAGUUAGCUGUUGCUCAAGGUGCUGUAAUGUGGCGUAAAAAUCCAGAGAAGAUUAAAGCAAGACGAUCAGAUGCUACAUAUGGGAUAAAUGUAUCUAUACCAUUUGAUGAUGAUGAGCAUGAUGAGUAUUACAAGUUUUAUAAUGAAGAGCAAAAACAAGACAAAUGUGAUUACGUGUUCAGUGUAUUUUUAGAAAAAGGAGAGCUGGUACAAGCAGAUCAAGUCAUUACUAUAAGCUUAACACCAGCUUAUCAAUCAAGCAAACAAAUUACGAUUGGUAUUUAUUCCACACCUAAUCUUGGAGUUCGGUACAUCAUAGAUACAAAUGGCAAAAGCACAGUUACAAAAAUUGGCCAAUUAGUUAUUGAUAUUCCCAAUCCUGAUGAUGUACCAAGGAACGAGCGUCACGUUGAUGUCACUAUGGAUUUCAGUGGUACAGAGAUUCAAGCUAAAGCAAAGUAUCGUAUUACUGGAGAAGAAGUUAAAACUGUUUGUGACUUUCUUUCUGCUCAAUAAAAAAAUAUCAACAACAGUU